UUGUAAUCCGAUUACCAAUACCCACACCACAGUUAGGGAGGAGCGUGGUAAGAAACGGUAACGGGUCUGAUCGCUGCUUAUCUCCAAUUGCAACAUUUUCUUUUCCAUUUUUCUGCUUGAAUUUUCCUCCUCCAUACUUUGCCUCUCCCCUCACUCCUCACUAAACAACUCCUGGGAUUUUUUUUCUUUUUCCCUCUCUCUCCCUCAUUUUCUUCUUCUUUUUUAUUUUCUUCCCCUCUCUUCUCCUCCCCUUUCUUUCUUUCUUUUUCUCUCUCCCAUCAUGACUCCUCCAGUUUCUGAUCCUGUUUCCACCCAAAGUCCUGAUGCCGCCGCCCAAGUCGCCGGACAGUCCUCCUCCCAUGCCUCCCGCGCCGCCGAACUCUCCAGUCUUAAAGUAAAGCUGCACGCUGCCCUGCGCCAAUUCCCCGACUUCCCCUCUCCCGGCAUCCUCUUCGAAGAUAUCCUCCCCAUCUUCGCCGACCCCACCUUGCACGAGUCUCUCGUCCGCUGUCUCGAACUCCACAUCCUCGAAACCCACGCCGACCAGAAGCCUGAUGUUGUCGUCGGUCUGGAGGCCCGAGGCUUCCUCUUCGGUCCCAGUCUCGCCCUGAGACUCGGUGCCGGCUUCGUCCCCGUCCGGAAGCAGGGCAAGCUCCCGGGACCGUGUGAGACCCAGGGCUACGAGAAGGAGUACGGUCAGGACUUCUUCCAGAUGCAGGCUGGUUCUAUCAAGCCGGGUCAGAAGGUCUUGGUGGUGGACGAUAUCAUCGCUACUGGUGGCUCCGCCCAGGCCGGUGGUGAGCUCGUCAAGAAAAUGGGAGGUGACCUCAUGGGUUUCAUCUUCAUGCUCGAACUCGAUUUCCUCAAGGGCCGCGAGAAGCUUUCCGCUCCGGUCUAUACUCUCCUGACUGGUCAAGAGAAGAAGGCCUAAUCAACAACAGUCGACAUUCUUUAGUGCUCUGCGUGUACACCGUUGUUUUGGGGCCCAUUUCGCCAGCAAACAAUAUGAAACCAGCAAAAAAGAGAACCACACCGCUUUGAUCUUUUCUUUUUU